AUGUCAAAAACUCCUCGUCCCUACCGUACAGUAAAGACAAAGUCGGGACAUCAGCCCAUGGUGCGCGUGUGGAGUCGGGUGGACGGGCGUCAGAUAGGGACCCUCAGUAGUCACCACUUUCGCAUCAGUUCCGUCCGGUUCAGUCCCGCCACCGCAACGCACAUCGUCAGUGUGGGCUGCCAGGAGGACCAGACCAUCUGCUUGUGGGACCGAGCUCAACUCCAAAAGGUCGCCAGUGCAAAAGUCUCCGCAAGAGUUAACGCCGUCGCUUUCAGUGAUAGUGGGGAGUUCUUCGUUACUGUGGGCAUUCGUCAUGUUCGCUUCUGGUACAUCGAUUUGAAAAGACGUCCCAAGGGUGAGACAUCCGGUGGAUUGUGUGAUCUUAGAGAGGGUCAAAGAGACACAGCCUCUGAAGGGCAGGAAUGCAGUACUGGGCGACAUGUUGCACAACACGUUCACGGACGUCUGCUGUUGUGUGGGACCUGCAGAGGCCAAUGGCGAGUCCCGGGCCUGAUCCUUGUCCUUUCACAAGCCGGUCAGCUCCUCCAAAUCAAUGCUGCCCGAUGUGUCGCUAAGUGGGUUGACCUCAAGGUAACCAGUACAGCAUGUAUGACGCUAAGCGGGCAGACAGUAGCAGUCGGUUGUGCUUCUGGGGUGUGUCUCAUCUUCUCCGCCAUCACCCUUCGAUUCAUCGCCCGUGUGCCCCUUCCCCACCCCCUCGGUUCUAACGUCUUCAAAUCCAAGGUGGGGGUCUUGUCUUCAGUCACCUCUUCGGGUAAUCGCAGGGAAGAAACUCGCUACGCCGAAGUGGCAGCCAUCAGGCUUGACCUUGCCGCGGGGCACCUUAUCUGUAUGUACGCGGACCACAGCCGCGCGGUGUGCGGUGGUGCAGUGACUACAUCGGGCACCUGCCCCAUGCUUGACGAAACCAAUCUCGGUCGAUGGGCUCCCGCGGAUGCCGCCGGAACCACCACCUUCCACAUGGAGCACUUCGUCACCUGCUCAGACGAUGACACUGUGCGCGUCUGGUCCUUUCCCGUCAAUCGUUCUACCCUUAAGUCCCACGAACUCUUCCCCGAUGGCAAAGAAGAGGUCAGCAUUUUGUACACGGAUGCCAGCUACGCCAAUCUCUGUUCCAAUGAAAGAAACUCCAGUGAGUUAGCUCUCAUGUCUGCAAUUCCACUGCUGAACCACCACGCUCAUUUUUCGCGUCGCAAAAAGAAGCUUUUUUCCGUACCUGGCAGUCCGGCGCUGGUGCGACAGGGACCCGGGCGGUGGAGCAGCAACGCCAACAUCGUCGCCACACAGAACGGCCCUGGCUUUGGUCUCCGCUCCAUCGCUAUUUCACCCGACGCCCGACACUUUGCUGUUGGCGAUCGAUCCGGUCAGCUCAGGAUCUACGAUUUUAACACCUUUAAAAUGUUACACAGUAUUCGUGCUCAUGAUGCAGAAAUCCUCUCUAUUACGUUCUUCGAAUCGAAGCUGAUGCCGGACGUGUCGCUGCUGUGCACCUCCUCGCGCGACCGUGUGAUCCACGUGUUCGCGCCCCGGCAGGACUACUCGCGGGUGCAGACCCUCGCUGACCACUCGGGGGUGGUCAACUCGGCCCUAUUUUUCGAAAGUGAGGAAACUCGCCGAAUCUACCUCAUCUCCUGCGGCGCCGACCGCUCCCUUCUCUUCCGCAUUCUCAGUGUAUGUCCCUCUCUGUGGUUUGUCAUUGAGGGCGCGCUUUAA